GGUGUGACUCUAGUUUUAACUAUCUCCUCCCAAACAAAUCCAAAAGUCGAAGAUGCCUCAAAAGCUUCUUUGCCCGCAAGAAAACAUGAACAAGAAUUUGAUCUUUUCUUCACCACCACCACCACCAUUGAUACCUCUCAAAUCAAACACAAGCUUCGAUUUAAACAAGAAAAUCACUCCAAAUAUUCUUCUAAUAAUCAUAAUCCUCUCGAUCAUCUUCUUCAUCUCUGGUCUUCUUCAUAUCCUUGUAAAAUUCCUCCUCACACCAUCAACACAAAACAGAGAAGAUUACUUCGACAAUGUUACAGCUCUUCAAGGCCAGCUUCAACAACUCUUUAACCUCCAUGAUUCUGGCGUCGACCAAUCCUUAAUCGACACGUUACCUGUUUUUCACUACAAAUCUAUCAUUGGUCUCAAAAUCUCUCCUUUCGAUUGUCCUGUUUGUCUUUGUGAGUUUGAAACAGAGGACAAACUUAGACUCUUGCCUAAAUGCAGCCAUGCCUUUCACGUUGAGUGUAUUGACACGUGGCUUCUCUCUCACUCUACUUGUCCCUUGUGUAGAUCUAACCUCCUCUCUGGUUUUUCUUCUCACCACAAUCUAAGUUCCUCGUAUCUACUUGUUCUUGAGAGUGAACAAAGCUCGAGAGAUAUGGUUCCUGUUCUUGAGUCUAAUUCUCAACUGUGUAUUGAUGAUGGGAACAAUGAUUUUGAGUCGACCCGGAUUAGGUCGGGUCGUAAAUCAUGUGACCCGGAUGGUGAAUUGGAUGGUUUAGAUGGAAAGGUUGUUCCUUUAGAAGUUAAGUUAGGGAAGUUUAGGAACAUAGAUUAUGUUGGUGAAGGAAGUGACAACGACAACAAAAAUAGCAUAAGUGGUAAUAGCAUUAAUGUAGAUAGAAGGAGGUGUUUGUCAAUGGGAUCAUAUGAGUAUAUUAUGGACCAAGAAGCUACACUUAAGGUUCACAUUUCGACCAAGAAACUACCAGGCAACAGGGCCUUUAUGUCCGAAUGCGGUUUUGAUCCAACAGUUAAGGGAAUCGAGAAGAGGGUUGUGGAAAGAGAGAGCUUUUCUUUGUCGAAAAUUUGGCUAAGGGGACGGUUGAGUCCGGCGAAUAGACGGCGGCUUAUCCGCCUUCUCCAUCUCCCGAUCAAAUCACCAGCCGCCGCUGCUAUUUUCGCAAGAAAAGACACCCGUGAGUUUCUUGAUUCAUCAAUCAAAUUAGUAAACGAAGAAGACGAUUUCGGUUUCAAUUUUGAUUUCAAACCAUACAUGAUCAGCAAAGCAGAGACAAUAAACAGAGCAUUAGAUGAAGCCAUUCCACUCAUUGAGCCUCUCAACAUCCACAAGGCAAUGCGUUACGCAAUUCUCGCAGGUGGAAAACGUGUCAGGCCAAUACUCUGCCUCGCCGCAUGUGAGCUAGUGGGCGGGGAAGAGCGUUUGGCGAUUCAAGCCGCUUGUGCGGUUGAAAUGAUCCACACAAUGUCACUAAUAAAAGACGAUCUUCCUUGUAUGGACAACGACGAUCUCCGAAGAGGAAAACCAACAACACACAAAGUCUUCGGAGAAAGUGUAGCUAUUCUCUCCGGCGGCGCACUUUUAGCUCUAGCUUUCGAGCAUUUGACGGAAGCUGACGUGUCAUCCAAGAAAAUGGUUCGAGCCGUUAAAGAAUUGGCUAAGUCUAUUGGAAAGAAAGGACUUGUGGCUGGACAAGCGAUGGAUUUAAGCAGUGAAGGGUUGGAUCCAAACGACGUCGGAUUAGAGGAUCUUGAGUAUAUUCACGUUCAUAAAACGGGUUCGUUGCUUGAAGCAUCUGCGGUUAUCGGAGCGGUUAUUGGCGGUGGAUCAGAGGAAGAGAUAGAGAAGGUGAGAAGCUUUGCGAGGUGUAUUGGAUUGUUGUUUCAGGUGGUUGAUGACAUCUUGGAUGAGACCAAGUCCUCGGAGGAAUUGGGAAAAACCGCCGGAAAAGAUCAGGUCGCCGGAAAGCUGACGUAUCCGAGAGUGAUUGGUCUUGAGAAAUCUAAGGAGUUAGUGAAAAAGUUGAAUAGAGAUGCGAGAGAGCAUCUUCAAGGGUUUGAUGAGGACAAAGUGAAACCUUUGAUAGCUCUUACUAACUUCAUUGCCAACAGAAACAACUGAAAAUUGUUGUUUGCUAAACAAGUUACAUGACGAUGUUAUAAUGUUGUCAAAAUAUAUAGUAACAGUGGCAUAUGAAUAUGACCAACACAAAAUAUAUAAGUUUCUUUAUUGCGAGCUUGUAGUUUCCGUUGUGCUUAGUAGCCAAAAUGAUUAUGUGUUUGAUUUUUCCUUUAUAUUUUUUCUUGAAUGAUACCAACUUUGUAAUGAAACUAUAGGGAGUUU